AAUUUGAAAUCUAAAGAUAAAGAACUGCAUGGCUGAAAUUAAUAUUUGAUAUUGAUUUUCUAAUUUAGUGUAGUACCAUAGCUUAAGAUUGUGAGAUAGACAUGGAGAUCAAAGAAGAGAGAAAAAAGAAAAGAAAAAGGAAAACGGUGAAAAAUAAGUUGAUGUGUGUGGCAAUGGCAAUGGCAUAUAACAAGAACAAGAAAGGUCAGUGUUUGUACAGUGGUUUCAUACAAAAAUAUAUAUAAGGGAAGGGCUAAAUGUGUCGUGUAAAACCAACAAAAGUGACUUGCCAUCGACAACUAAACCAACCCCACUUUCUUAUUCUGUUUCUUAUGCUCCUUAUAUAUCUUGUUGUAGACUUAUCUCAGGUGUGUUUGAUGUUAAAAGAAUUAUUCAAAGCCAACAACAAAAGUCUUGUUGGCUAUCAUCAAUGGAGGCAGAUGCCAACUCAAGUGAUGAUCUACUAAAGACGAGGACUGCAGCAUCCUCAACUACUUGUCCUAGAGGUCACUGGCGACCUGCUGAAGAUGAGAAACUCAGGCAACUUGUUGAACAAUAUGGUGCCCAGAACUGGAACUCUAUUGCAGAGAAGCUACAAGGAAGAUCAGGAAAGAGUUGCAGAUUGAGGUGGUUUAAUCAACUCGAUCCAAGAAUCAACAGGAGACCAUUUUCAGAAGAAGAAGAAGAGAGACUACUUGCAGCUCAUCGUACUCAUGGAAACAAAUGGGCUCUAAUAGCAAGAUUAUUUCCAGGUAGAACUGAUAAUGCCGUGAAGAAUCACUGGCAUGUAAUAAUGGCAAGAAAACAAAGAGAGCACUCCAAGAUUAGUGGCAAGAGAAGUUAUCAAGAAGGUGGCCUAAGUGACUCCAACACUAUCACUACCACUAAUGAUUUUCAUCUAAGAAAAUCAAGAUCUCAAGAUUUAUUUGUUAGUUCAUCUUCAAGAAUUGGAUUUGAAAAUAGCACUGCUAGAUUCUUGGAAUUUCGAGACCUCAAUACAGAUAGGUUACUCUCAGUUGUCUCUUCCUCCAGUACUUCUUCACCUAAUUUUUGGACAUUUGCAUCAUCAACCAAAACAGCACCUUUUAACAAGAAUAACGCAUCUUCAGCUGAUCAUUUAUCAACAGAAGAAGGAAGAGAUAAUUAUUUCAACACUUAUAGUUUUUGCACUACAGAUCAAAGCUCUAAAUUUUCAGAUCAAUCUAUUUAUAAUAGAUGCUAUCCAAAUUCUUCUUCAGUUUACGGAAACUAUAAGAACCCGGCUGUAUUUGGACUGCCAAAUUACAGAAGGGUUAUUCCAAGUCCUUUUGGGUGUCUCAAAAUUGGAGAUCAUGACUUUGAAAACCAUGGAACCAUCAAGAAAGAUGUACUGAAGAAUUUUUGCGAGAAUUCAUCCACAUUGAUCACGAAUAUGAGUAACCAGGAAGAACAAGGAGGAGAUCAUCAUGAAUCUAUCAGACAAAAGGAGGUUCCAUUCAUAGAUUUUCUUGGUGUGGGUAUAUCUUCUUGAUCACUGACAAAAGCAAGACUUGUUUUUUCCCUUUUUUUUAAUUAUAUAUAUAUAUAUAUAUGUUAGUUUUAGCUUCACUCUUGUUUCACCUUGUGAAAAUUUGUUGAUGGCAUGCAAAUGAAGUAGGAGUAGUUCAGCUGUCAUAGUAAUCAUACUUAACAAUAAUUAUUCCUUCUGAUAUAUAAUCUUUUUGCAUAAUCUUCAUAUAUUUUGACUGAAUUAAACAAUGAUUCAUACAUUCUACGUUAGAGAUCUGAAGCUAUGUAUAUGUUGUAAUAUUUUGCCCUUUUAGAUCAUUUGAAGCUUUA